AUGGAUCCACUGCCGCUGCUAGAAGAACUCGAAAAUGACAUGAAGGUGCUAAUCGCUGAGACAAGGAAAAAAAACGUGUGCAUAAAGGAGAAGACAGAAAUAUGCAUCAUAAAAAUUAAAAAUUACAAUAGUAUAAUCGAAUCGAAUAAAAACCAACUGUUCAGCAGCUUUGAAUUCCCCAUAGACGAAAUAAUCGAAAUUAUCAACGUAGGAAUCCAAGUCAAUACUCAAAAAAUCUCCAACUUAUGUCUUCUCAUAAUUAAGAGAGUCGUCUGUUACUUCCUCCACAUAAUAGACAACAAACACACAAUAAAAAAUUUUAGGUACAUACAUAUAGAGAAGCAACUAGAAAAAAUUACCAAUGUGUUAUUCGAUUUGACAUUCCUUGAGGAUAAAAAAAUUUUAAUUAAAAUUGUGCAAAUAAUAUUAGCCGCGUUUUCUCAUCAGUAUAUGGAGUAUUACAACAAGGACAUUAUUAACACCUUGUUGAAAAUUUUGUACUCCGUUUAUUAUUCAUCUUUAUAUGAUAGCAAUACCAUUUUGUAUGAAACGUGCUGUGCUGCGUACAAGCAGCUACUCAAUUCGCUCAUUGAUGUGUGUAAUAGAGAGAGUAGUGUUGGGGCCUCUCCAGGUGAUAACUUAGAGAAUUAUAUGUGCGAGUCAGGCGAAAAGGAGAAGAAUGACUUGGAAGGCGAAGAAGACAGUGGUGACCACAACCGUUUGCAUGUGGAGGACGACCACUCAAGGGAAGUGAAACAACUUUAUUUUGAAAAUUUCGAUUUGCCAUAUGAUACGGAUAGCCCGAUAGAUCUCAUCUACGUAACGGAUCUGAAAGAUCAGAGUUACAUGAAAAACAAAAACAAAUUGCUUUCCCUAAUUCAUUAUCUCUGUUACUGCUGCUUUGUAAAUAUUAGACUAAAGUAUAACUCUGUUGGCGUUUCUUCGCCGUGUGCGCAUGGAACCACAGAGGAGGAAAAACGAAAAGAAGAGAGUGUUGAUAACGCCGCUAAUGCCGAUCAGCCCCCGACAAAUGACAACACUAAUGGUAUUCUCCAAGAAGAACCAAAUGAUAAAAAAAUACAUACCUACCCUAAACAGACAAGUUAUUCAAAAGACACACUACAGUUGGACAGAAGCAACGCCGACCCCCCUGUGGAAGAAAAACAUAACGCACAGGAAGAUCAGGCAGAAGAAGAAGGACAGCAGAAAAAAAAAAAGUCCAGUAAAGACGAAAGUGUGUACAUCUAUAGUGUGAAAAAUUCUAAUAUAAAAAAAUUCUUAAAAAUUUUAAAAAGCACAAAUGGGAAAAACCAAACAGAUAACAAAAUGAACCUUGAUGAUAACGAAAAUGUGCAACCAGACUCGUGUGACCAAAGGACAGAAAUCCUGUCGACCUACAACAAGAAUAAUUUAAUUUUGCCACUAAACUUUUGCCUAGAUCUAUUGUAUAUAUUUCUUAACAACUAUGAACACUUUUUAAAAAAUUUCGAUUUUUUCAAAUUAUUGAAAUUUGAAAUUAUAUAUAUCAUACUGUUAUCAUUAAGGUAUAACUUACACAUAGACGUUUUUUAUAGAUGCCUGAAAAUUUUUAAGAUUAUCUGUCACAAAUAUUUUCAGUACUUCCUGGGCGAAAUAAAAUUUCUAUUCCUAAUCCUAAUUCAACAUUUGUGCUUGACGCAACCCUUUUCAAAAUUGCUCAUCGUUUUAAAUUUUUUUUUCUAUCUCUUUGAUGACACACUGACUCUGUUUCAUUUGUACAAAUAUUUUUGCCAUAUGGCGGAAACUCCAAAGGAAGGAAGAGCAGCUGAGGAGGAAGAUGUGAAGAAAGACCCAGAAGUGCCCAAGGACGUUAUAAAGAGCGGUACCGAUGGAGCGAAGAGGAAAAAGAAAAAACACAAAAAAACGAAGAAGGGCUACAUUCAAGAGGGUGACAAUGCCCCUGAGGCAGCACAAAAUGUCCCUAAUGAAAAACCGCCGUGUCAGGAACCUCCCGAUGUAGUAAGCAUUAAGUCCGAUGAGGAAAGUAAGGGGAAAAUAGCGGGGGAACCGAAAUCACGCGAAACGAACCCAAAGAAGAGUGAUGUGAUGGGAGCGAAAAGCUCAAGCGCGCAGGGGAAACAGUACAGUGAUGAUGACGACCUCUUGUUCAUCAAAGUCGUUGAAUACAUUAGCAAAAUUAUUCACGAGUUGUUAUUUUUGCAUUCCAUUGACCUAACAAAAAUGUACGCCCAUAUGAAGGUGUUUAAGUAUGAUAGGAUAUACACGGGAGAGAAGAAAGUUGAGCAGCAUGUGGACAAGGGACAGAUCAAGUCUGGUGGAACCAGCAGAGGCGAAAGGAAGGACGCCGAGGGGAACCACAAAGAAAGCAGCAAAGAAGACGAAGAGAAAAAGCUCAAGCAGUGCGACGGCCAAAUAAAACCAAAGCAGCACAAUCAUGCAAAAGAAGUCCAAGGCAGCUCCAACGAAAUGCCAUUCCGCAGUUUUUUGAGUUAUCCCCUAAUUUUACCAAACAGUUGCGAAAACCCCACGGAAAAUUUCUACUUAUUCAAAUAUUCAGCAGAGAAAAAAGUAAGUAGAACAAUGUUUGAUGAUUUAUGCUACAAAGACGCAGACGAAAUACGUGUCCUUGCGUCCACUGUGGACACUAUUUUAUCUCUUGUGAAUUCUUUUUAUGUAAUUUUUUUAAACAUAUUGAGAAUGUCCCUUAAUCAGUAUUGCUUCGCGACGAUAGAUCUAAAUGAUGAGAGUGGAUUUGCUCUAAGUGAAUCAUCGCCGUGUGGCAGCACAUCUGAGGGGAAGCAUGAAAAGAAGGAGACAGUGACACAAUUAUGCAAUGAGCAAGGAUCUGGUUUGCAAUCGGCCCCGACAGCACAAUGGCCCAGUGUCAUUAGUGAAAUGAGCCCAUCUUUUGAUGACGAACUGGAACGAAGACUCCACUGCUACAAUAAGAACACAACCGAACGCACGAAUAAGAUUGAAGCCAGAGGGGCAGAUUUGUAUAGCGGUGCGAGUGGCGAUGUGUAUAGCAGCGCAAAUAGCUACAACCCAACGAAUGACCGAGGGAAAAAUAAAGACAAGAAUCCCCAUGGAAGCAAUCCUCUAAAUUCAAAUGACCAGUACCAUGAGAGUAUGUCCCUAUUUUUUAACGUAUUCAGUUCCACAUGCAGAUAUUUCAUAUCAUCUCUCUGCUUAAUCUUCUCCUACACGAACACGCUAGAUGUGUGUUUCUUCAGUGGGUUCCAGAAAAUAAUUUUUAUCAGUACUCACUUAAAAAUAAAUAUUUGUACCAAUGCGUGCCUGCAGACCUUAACAAAAUGCAGUAGUAUUUUUACCCUAGAGAAUUCGCCCUUCUUUUUGAAGAUUCUUAGAAAUUUCGAAAGGCAAGAAAAUAGGAGUGAAAACAACUCUGGUGUAAGAAAGAGCAAAGGGUCUAUCAAAAGCAUCAGUAAGGUUCCCAUGUUGCACUCUUCUAAUGAGAGUAAAUCAUCUAAUCGAGAAGGUAGCGAGGCUAGUGUGAAGGAUGGACACAAUUUUGUCCACAUGGAUCACUCACUGGGCGAAGCUACCUGUGCGCACAACAUGGGAAAAUCUGUCAAACGCGGUAGUAACGAUUUGGUGGAAGGUAAAAGGGAAUCAAGCAAAAGUCACAAUGAAUUACAACCCACAAAUGUGAAGGAAUACGUGGAAGACGAGGACAAAAUAGAUGAUAUAGUGACCAAACAAAAGAGCGAUGAGAAUACUGCCAAGGGGGGGAAUCCACAAAAGGGAGAAAAGGGUAACGAUUAUUCCGGAAAUUAUUUUUAUAACCUCAAGUGCGGAAAAAGUGAGAGCGACGAUAACAGAAAUGAGGAUUAUGAGAACCAACCCAACAUGAAUGUUGAACUGGGCAAGAAUUUCCCCCCAAGUGACUCCCAUUAUAACGUUACCAGUAAGGCUCUGGAUGAUGGGGAAAGUUUAGGAAGAGGUAAAAGAAAUAGUCGAAGGAAAGACACGCAUCACAUGAUGGCGAACAAAUCCAUCUCAAAAAAGACGAGCAUGGAAAGUGUAGAGUCCAAUUUUGUUUGUUACAAAUCGACAUUGAACGAAGAUCGUAUGAAAUAUUUUGACGAGAUCAUUAGUAUCAUAUUGCAAGAAUCAUACUUCAUAAACAACGAUUUGAAUAACGUAAAAUAUAUACUGUCCCUAAAGGCAGUCAUUAGCAUAUUCUUCAUUUAUGGAGACAAGCUCCAUUUUGAAAACUGGCUAAGGAUGAUUAAUCUCUUCGUCGAAGUUAAUUAUAUAUAUAAGUAUAUAUCAUCAAUAGAGAACAAAACGAUUGAGUUUUUACACUUCCUUCAUCACAUUAACAAAAAUGAGGAAGAUUUUAUCUUCUCUCUAAGUAAGAGAUUCAUCGACUCGGACAAAAACACUUAUGUACAAAAUGUAAAUUCAAAAAGUGCUGAAUUCUGUUAUUUUAUAUUGAGGUUUAUUCAGAAAAAUCCUGUACUGUGUGCAGAAAUUACGGUUAUAUUUUCCUCAUUUUCUUACUUUUUUAAGAACACCAUAUUUUAUAAGCUUUCCACUUUGAUUAAUAUUUUAAAUUCAAUUCAUUUUAUGAUAUUUAAUCAAUUUUUCAAGCAAAGGAAGGUGGGGCCCAAGGGGGGAGACGUACCUCCCAAGUUAAGUUGUAAAGGUAUGGCCAUGGCUCCUUGUGGGGGAUAUAUACCAAGCAAAGAGAUUAAUCAAUAUGGCGGUGCACAUGUGAGUGCAGGAGGCUCUAAGGAUAUGUGCACAACUGUGUGCAACGGACAUGUGGGAAGUGCCCAGAAAGGUGCUAACUGCGUGGAUGGAAAUGCAAGCAAUACCAGGUUACCGGAGCCCCCCUUCAGGGAGGAAGCCUUUCAUUCGGCAAACUCACAAGGAAGGGAAAAGAACGAGGAAGACACAACUCCCAGCAGUUGCGAAUAUAUAAAGUUCAACAAACUAAAUAGAAAAAAAAAUAUAAUUGAAAAAUACAUCGAAUUUUUGCACAACAAUGAUAACAUUUUUGAGGUGUAUUAUUAUUACCUGUCCCAUUUUGACCCCAUGUACACAACUUAUUUUUCCUUCUACACGGAUAUGUUCUUUUCAACUAAAGGGGAGGACCGUGAAGAAUUGGCGAAGGAUAGACCAAUCAACAACGAAUGCGCACAUUUACCAAGACAGGAAGUUCCCACUGAAGAAACAAACUUCUCAACAGAAAUGAAUGGUAAGCAGAGCGGUAAUGCAACCAAGGAACACACCUACUACAUCGUAAUGAAGAAAUUAGAAAAGUUUUGCAUCUUCGAAGAUUUCUACCCCCUACAUAUGAUAGAAAUGCUUUGUGUUAUUAACCUGGAUAAGAUAAGAAGCAUUUACAACAACUGCUGCAUGAACAUAUUAUUGCUCUCCUUGUGCAAAAAUAAUGACAUACAAAGAAAAAGCAUCGACACCUUGUUCAAUAUUAUAAAAGAGUCUGUUGUACAUUAUAAAAACAACUUUGAAAUUCAGUUUCUUCUCUUUAAGCCAUUUUUCCUGUUCAUAGUUAACCCACAUGCAUGUUACCGAUCGUAUUUUAUUAGCUCCUUCUUAAAUUGCAUUAGAAAAAAUGCUUCCUUUUUUAACAAGGACAUUUGGCUGUUUAUCAUUUUUCUGCUAUACGUAUCAUUCCAGAAAGAGUUAAAAAAAAAGGGUUUAAUAAAUACCAACGAAGAUGAAGAGGAUAGGCAACAAAUAAUGGAGGAAAAUAUAUCCAACAUUAAUAACAUUUUUAACAUCCUGGAAAUUAUAAUUGUAGAUUAUAUUGAGGAAGUCCCUGUGUGCAAAAUUAUGGAAGUCAUCAUCCACAUGCUCAUCCUCUUUUCGUCCCUAAAUGUUUUGAGCAAUAACAUAUCCUUCAGGGCCAUCAAUUUUUCCUGGUCAAUCGUUGAUUACAUUGUAGCACGCUCUCACAUGCUGAAAAGGAAUGGAAGAAAAGGAAAAGACCGUGGUGUAACUGAAGUAGAAAAAGGCGCACCACAAAAGGAUAAAAACAAAACAGGACAAAAUAAACUCCUUCACAUUUGCGCCAUAGAAAACAAAAAAAUUUACAUAUACGAAAAAGAAAUAAAAAUGAGAAACAUAAGAAUGAAAAGCUUUUUUACUUUCAUUUUGAAUCAACUUAUGAAGUUGUGCUUCGACGAAAGAAUAGAAGUUCGAAAUUGCAGCAUCAAAACGAUCAUUAGUAUUCUCUCCACACAUAUUUUCAAAUUUGACUUUUUCUUUUACAAAACGUCCAUCUGCUUGUUACUUAAGCGCUUGAGCGUUAGGUACUACUCCAAGUUGAAGGGAUAUUUCGAGAUGGAGCGUAGGCAUGAGCACCAGGUGGAUUGCCAAUCGGAUGAACUUACCUGUGUAAACCGCACCGCAGAUCUAAGCAGCCCCCCAUUGGAGAAGGAGAGCAAUGGUGAAGCCCACACGAAUGAAGAACCGGCAGAACGAGACAGAACGUUCCUUGGGAAACAAUUCAAGAAGAGCUUCGCAGAUUUGAGACAGGAGGUGGAAGGAGAGUUCGCAAAUAAAAAAAGAAAAAAAGGAGGGAAGGAAAUGAAGGAGCAGCCCUAUUUGUUAAGCGAAAUUGAAAAAGGGGCCGGUAUCCCCAGCAGUAACGCAAGUGGAAAUGGAGGACCAAGCGGAAACGGAAGCAGUAGUGGAAACACCGCUUUGGAAACGGAAAAGAACGGAGACUUAUACGAUUAUGUAAAUGAAAACUUCAGCAAAAUUAUUAUCCAUCAUUCAAGGGACAGUAAACUGAAGCAGUGGAUCGAAAGCUUUAUCCUAAUCAUAGAAGGGUGUAAUCGGAUCCUCCUGGAGCAAAGGGACUACAGAAAGUUUUACAUUUUUUAUGGCACCUUUGUGAACAUCCUCAAAACUACACUGUUUGUGAAGUAUCAGAGCAAGAACAUGUUAGAGCUGCACAUAUCGAUUCUACAAAUACUCAACAACAUUUUUAUAUCCAAGAUGACCUACUAUGAUGUGUGCCAUUUCACAAUGAAGAAUUCGCUAGGAAAUAGGAAUAGAUGUUCUGAUCAUAUAAGUAUAUUCGACAUGUGCCUUUUUUACAUUUACAAUUAUGCCUACUGCACUGAUGACCACAAGAUUAAAGAUUUCAUUUUGAAGCUCCUUAUUGAUAAUUUGAAAAAUGUCCACUGUGAUAAGUGGAUAUAUGUGCAUUCGUUGAUGUAUUUGCAUAUGUUUCACUUUUUGUUUACGUCCAGCGUGGAGGUUGUGCUGAGCCCAGUGGAAGGGAAAACCUAUUCCUUCAUGAACUACGAUUCCAUUUUGAAUGAGUUGUUUUUUGAUUACUUUGUCAGCGAGAGGGAGACAAUCACAAGUUACGUAGGAAGCGACAUCAAUGCUGCACCUAACGACACGGGAAAUAACCCCCCCAAGUGCUCACAGAAGGAUGAGCCCCAAGGGGAAGGAGGGGCUGGUUCCUUUCCAAAGAGGCUAUCCUUCCUAAACAGCCACUUCACAUUUGAGUACAAAACGAACGAAGCAUCACAUGACCCACUAAAUAUUUACAACAUACUAGAAAACAACAAAAGCUUAUAUAGGGAGGAAACUUUUGGAGAAAACCCAAAAUUGGGGAGUAAAGACAUAUACGCGAGCUUCUUAAAUGGUCAUGUAAAUAGCGAAAUUUUUACCAUCAUGAUGGACAUUUUUCAAACGUUAGAGUACGACAAAAUAAAUCUCCUAAUAAAUGAGGAACUACUAAAGUGUGUAAAAUAUUUGGUACUAAGUUUAGCAGAGAAUGAAGAGAAAAAAUCUAUCCUAACCAAACUCCUACACUUUGUCUUUGAUGAAAAAAUACUGUUUAAUGAAAAUUCGGAUGAAAUAAUUGAAAAGAUAGAACUGAAUGAUACAUAUAAUAAACUCGAUAUGGACAUAAACACCAAGGAAUUGAAUGAAGAAAAUAAAGAGUGUAACAGAUUAUUUACUUUAAAUUAUAAAAAAAUUUACCCAUUAAAUAAUUAUAUAGAAUAUUUCCAAACAUUUUCCUUAGGAAUGUUCAAUUAUUUCACUCCUUUUUUGAUUUACUACAUUCAUAACAAGUUCAAUUUGUAUCCAAACUAUAAUAUAAAUAUAGUGUUCUCCAUCAUACUGUGCAAUUUUAUGAGACAAGAAUUUUACAGCUUAUUUUAUCAGAAAGAAAAUUACUCCCUUGUCCUUUCCUUUGUUAAUAUGUUUCCAUACAUUAUUGCGGGUCACGUGAAAUGCUUCUUGCAUAAUAUAAAUAACAACUCCUGCUUUGUCUUUUACGAAAGCAUUAUCAUCCUGCUGAAAAUUACGUACAAUAUGCUUGAAAUUUCGGGGAAUGUCGCCGAGGAGGAUUUGCACAAGUACUGGUGUGCGGUCAUUUUCUCCGUCGAGAAGAUUCUCUGCGUUAGUUGCAGCAACGAUAAAAUAGACAUGCUGGACAUAAUGCUCAUAAAGUUCAUACGGAACCAUUACUUGGUGGAGAAUUCAAAGGUCCCACUGUUUAUAAAAAUAUACUUGACGAAAGUUAUAAGCGAACUCAAUGAUAAGAAGCGAAGGGCCUUCUCAAGCUGGACGCUGCAGAUUUUAUUUGAGGAAUAUGAAAAGAUGACCAAGGAGAAUUACAACGACAGUUACUACACAACUCUUAUGACAUUAGUUAUGCUAAAGAAAUGUGUGCUAACCCUCAGGAGCUUUUCGAGUGAAAAUAAUGAGAAUGCUGACGAAGUUUUGUUUAUUUUAUACGAAAUGAAGAAGUUGAAGUGUUGCUACACCUACAUCGACAUGAAGAGUAGUUCGAUACUAAAAUGCUCAGAGGACAAGGCGCACCUGUUCAUUUGCUACCCCUACCUGUUGGACUGCCUAAACACGGAAAAUACGAAAGUGUUGACCACGGUUAAAGAAUUACUGAAGCUUAUAUCAAACCCACUGUGCUCAAACAAUUCUGGAUAA